AAUUCAACCCCAAUGUGAGUGAUGUUUUGGCGGCAAGCGACGAAUACCCUGAGCUGACGGCGAUGAUGCUGACCGUCACUGUGCACUCAGCCCAAUUUCUGCCCAAAAUGACAGCACUCGACGGCAUGCUGAACUCACUCACCAAACCACUGCGCAGCAAGGACAAGGCCGACGCCAAACCCUACUUCAAG